CAACGCAGCACGUCUGUGCUUCCUGCCCUCACUCUUGCCUCUCGCUGUUUGAUUUGCAGCGGCAGUCGAACUGAGGAGGAUACCCGUCCCUUGUGCCUCCCCCCUCUGACUGGCUGCACCGGCGUCAUGGAGAAGGCCGUGCGCACGUUGUACGACUACGAGCGGGUGUUCAACGAGAACCUGCGCUUGCUCUCUGAGCGUUUCUUCCUCCCGUUGAAACGAACGGGCACCAUUCAGGGCGAUGAAGCCUCGCUUUUGUUCGACAUCUUUGAUCAACUGAUGGCAGCUUCCAAGCGUGCCACCAACUCGCUUGGGCCGGCUGUGGAUCACGAAGAUCGCAUGCCAUAUGUCUCAGAAGUGUUCUCAGGCCCGCUGUUGGAGGCGUUUCGCGCGUAUGUGCAGCAGUUUCUGUCAGCGCACCGGGCGUGGGCCCGGGCCGUGGCCUGCAACGACCGAUUGGGCAUGUUUCUUGAGAUCCAACGGCGUGAGAUCAACACCAGCAUGGACGAGCUCCUGCGACAACCGUUGCAACAACUUGCGUUCCACUACGAGACACUACAGAAGAUUCUUGAGCUUGCGCCGAAAGACCAUCGCCUCUACUCUGUGCUGCAGUCCACAGCCAGCCACUGGGCCUCCAUCUUCGAAGACCAACUGCGGCUGAAGGAUGCACUGGAGAACGACAACAAGCUGGCGGACAUUGAGGCGGCCUUCCCACACGCAACCCUCAACCUCAUGCUGCCACUCGACGAUGCUGAUGCCGACGACAAGUCCAAGCGCGCGCAUCUCCGCAAGCGCUUCUCCUCCCCCGGUGGCAUCUUCAAACGCCGCGGCCGCCGCAGUAAUAGCCAUCAGGGCUUUGACACGGGGUGGUCGCGGUUCUUCGUGCGGGAUGGGCCCUGUCUUGGCGUCAAGACCGAGCGCACGCCACGCCACCUGUUUCUCGUGUCUGACAUGCUGAUUGUGGGCAAGCACAAGUCGCUCAACCACUACUCGCUCAAGGCGCGGGUGAAGCUGAAGCACGCCUGGCUCGUUGACGAACCGCCCGUCUCCGGCGGCGACCGCGAGGCUGGCCGUGCGUGUCUCCUCGUCGGAUCGCCAGCCCACAGAUCGCUCGUGUUCCAGUUUGCGUCUGCAGCGGAAAAGGACACCUGGUUCCAGGACCUCAACAAAUACAUUGUGGAUGCAAAGGCGAUGCUUGACCAAACAGAGGGCGCAACGAGCCGUAUAUCUGCCCUGCCCCUCUUUCCAGGACACAUGCCCAAAUCAGAAGUGGAGCUUGGCAUCCUGUAUGUUGACAUCAAGAGCGACACGACUGUGAAGGCGCUCAUCACGGCAAUGCUUCAGCAGCUCAAGCUCGAUAAUCACGAGGCCAAACACUACGUCCUCUACGAACGCACGCGCAAGGGACUCGUCAAGCUCAAGGAGUACGAGUGUCCGCUGCCGAUUGCGCGGUGCGGCAUGCGCUCGAAACUGCACGAUGGGACGUGCUCGUUUAUCCUUCGCCACAUCAUGAGCCCCGAGCUCACAGAUGACGACCUCCCGGCGUCGCUGCGCGUGUUCAAGUCCCUCAAGCGCGGCAUUGAACCAAACGCACAGAAGGGACAGGGACACCAGCAGGGUCACAAACAUAAGCACAAACGCCGCCACGGCAAACACAAAUAUCCUGGCUCGCUUCCCCGCAAGGGCUCAGGGACUUCGCUCUUUAAGAAAAUGUCUGAUGCGCUGAAGAGAACUGGGAAAAGCACUCCCCGCUCCAAGUAUGAGCAGCAGAUUGAGGCCGCCAAGAAGAAGGGUGCACUGUAUGGGCAGCCGCUCGAUGCAACGUUCAUCAACGGUGAACCCCACCCGGCAGUCGUGGCAAUGUUGCAAGUGCUCUACUUCCGCGGUCCACAAACCAUGGGCGUCUUCAGGCGAAACGCGCACGCAAAGCUGGUCAAGAACGUCCGUGAGAGCCUUGACAAGGGCGAUGAGGUGAACGUUGCUGAGCUACCGCUUCUUGUCGUCGCGAGCGCCUUCAAGGAGUAUCUCCGCUCCCUUCCAAACUGCCUCAUCAUGCCCGCCCUCUACGAUGGUCUGCGCCACGCGCUGACGCAUGAGGACGUUGACCGGUGCGCGUCUGAGCUGCACACCGUGCUUGCAAGCAACUUGACGGAUCACCACAUGUAUCUGCUGCGUGCCGUCAUUGGCAUGCUCGCCAAAGUCGCGCAAAACUCGGAACACAACCAAAUGACAUCCUCCAAUUUGAGCGUGUGCAUUGGCCCAAGCAUGCUAUGGCCGCGCCGUGCAGAGGACGUGCUGAAGAACGACGUGCCGCAGAUCAUCGAGUUUAUGGUUGAUCAUCCGACCAAAGUGCUGGGGACGGUGGACCUGCCCAUCUACGAUGCGGCGCGAAAGCUGAUGCUGUUUGGUGAGGAGAACGACGAGUUUGAUGAUGAUGAUGAUGAUGAUGAUGAUGACGAGGAUGACGAGGAUGACGAUGAUGAUGUGCGCGGUAUGGACGACGACGACGAUGAUGAUGAUGAUGAGGACGAUGAUGACUCGGGCAACCCGCUCCGCCCGAGCGACUACAGGGAGAGCCCCUUGCGUGCGGUUGACAGUGUUGACGAUCGGAUGCGAGACCUGUCAUACUCCGCAUCAGAAACGCCGGGGCUGCCUUCAGGACAUGGCGCGGUAAGCAGCUCCCGUCUUCGCAGCACUCAGAGCGAGUGCGGCACCGCAUCCACGCGCGAUGAGCCGCAGGACAGCCCGACCGAGAGCAAAGCGCACGCAUUUCAUGGUCAAGGCAGCAGCGAUGGCGAUGGCAGUGGUGAUGGUGUUGGAGGCGACGAGCCAGCGCCCGUGGUGCCCGUGCGUCGGCGAAGGCGGGAGACAACAGAACCGUCGUCAUCGAGCAGAGGAAGCGGCGUACACCCCAGCACCAGCGCGCCCUCAGCAACCAUAGCCAGGGCCAUUGAAACCGAGUUUAACAUUGACAUUUGACCGCUGCUGCUGCUGCUGCUUGUCUUGUGCUUGUGUGUGUGUGUGUGUGUGUGUG